AGAGAGGCACCCUUCCCUUAAAACCCGUAGCGCGACUGUGCCGCUGCCCUUGGUCCAGAGGCAAAAGUCGCGAUGUUCCAAAGCCCGGCCCUGCUCUUCAACAAGACCAAGCGGCUGGCCGUGAAGCUCAGCAGCUCCGUGGGCACAGGCUUCGCGUACUGGACAGAGAAGUCACCUUUGAAGAAGGACAUUCGCAUGGCGCUCCGGAAGUACGACCCACUGGUGAACCGCCACGUCAUGUUCUACGAGACCGCGCUGGCCAAAGCCCGGCGCGGCAAGCACCGGCGGCCGCUGGCGUGGGCGCGAUGGACGGGCAAAGGCAUAGAAGAACUGGUAAAGAAAGUCGCGCGGAAGCAUGAGAAGCUCGGCUACUUCUGACGCGAAUACUUGUGCAUUGGCGGGCGCAG